AUGGCCCAGGUGGAGGAGGUCCUUCAGUCCCUGACAAAAGACCCAAAGAGAGCUUCUGCUGCAGCAACAUCAAAUGAGGUCCAAGACCUUGAGAAGCAGUUGCACCUAGCUCAUUCUGAGCCAGCAGAAGCUCACACAGGCCAGGCACAACGUGGCCAAGAACCUGGAAAUCCACAUGACCAGAUUCAUCAAUUGUUGACUGAACUCCACAAAAAAGACACAGAGCUCAGCCUAGAAAAAGAGCAGAACAAGUGAUUUUGGGAUCAGAACACAGAGAACAGCAUCACCAUGGAGCAGCUCAGGAGGCAGCUGGACAGCAGAAACAUGCAGCUGCUGAGCAUGGAAAGGGCACUGAGGGAAAUGAGGAUGGAGUGCCAGGUGCGCUACAGAAAAACACAAACGUUCCAGGGGCGUUCAAAAGGUAAAAAUAAACAAAUCUCUCGGCUGAUGAUGUUGCUAUUCUUCAGAUGGCUGCAGCUGAGGAAAAAAAAUGGAAGCAUUGGAAGAAUCUGCUCCUUGAGUGUGCAGCUGGAAAUGACCAAGGAAGCUCUGGCAGCCAAGCAGGGGGAUCUGGAGGCUGCUGAGCAAGCGGGCUCAGAUCUCUUUGUUGCAAGAACUCCUUCUAAAAAUGUGGCCUGUCUGCAGGAGAAGGAGAGAGCCCUUGGGGCUGGCAGCCAGGAAAUCAGGGAGCUGCAUAUUCCCAGCAGGAUGCAGGAGCUCCAGCACGCCAGGAGUGAAGAGGGCUGCGCACACAAGGUGCAGGCGGAGCGGGAGGCGCUGGAAAUGCGUGUGUUGGAGAGGGAAAGAAGCACGGAGGUCUUCCAAAAGCAGGUUGCUAACACGACACAAAUCAUGGGUCAGCACGACCAAAUUGCUGGAGCAGUGGAAGUGGAGAAAUCCCAGCUGAAAAAGGAAAUAAGUGACUGGAAACUCAAAGCAGAAGAGCUUAAGGUUGGAAAGGAUGAGAAAGAAGCCAGAAUACGUGAAAUGGAAUCAUGCCAGGAUGAGCAAGGGAGCUGGAAAAGGUUCAGCACAUGCACUGAGAGGCUCCAGGCACUGAAGGAUGCAAAACUGGAGAAAGAUGAGCUCCUGCAGGAUCUCCAGGCUGGCCAGAGGGAGCUAGCUGGCCUCGCAGAGGCAUUUGAAGAUUUGAAGAGGAAAGAUCAGGGUGAAGUCAAGGAAAUGGAAAAUACUGCAAACAGACUGAAAAUGCAGUUGAAAUCAGCCCAAGCUGAACUGAAACAGGCCAGGACUGCUCUGAAGACUACAGAGGGAUCUGAUGGCAAUACUGUGGAAGCUGCAGCAAGAAUGCAGAAGCAGAUCACAGCCAAGAGAGGACAGAUGGAUGCACUACAGAGCAGGAUUAAAUUCUUGGAAGAGGCAAUGGCAAAUGCAGCUAAGGAGAAGCAUUACCUGAGGGAAGAAAACAGUAAACUAAGUGAGAAAUUGAGCUGUAUUAGAGCAGAAAAUAUCAGGAUUGCUGGGGACCUGGAGAUCCUGAGCUCACAAGACAAACAGCUGAAAGAAAAACUAUCAAAGAUGGACACAGCCCUUGAGAAGGCUUGUGUAAGCAGCUGUGAGCCUGUCAGCAGAGGCAUCCUGCAGUAUUUCCCUGCUGGAGCUCAAGGUCCAGGCUAUUCCUCAGCUUCUGCUCCAGGGAAGCUGCAGCACACUGUACUUCUGUCCCACCUGCUCUCUGCUAAGCCUACCAAGCUGGACAUUUUGAAGGAAGAAGCAUUGCAGGAUCUGAAGAGGGUUCUUCAAGAAUUAACAAGCUCAGACAGUGAAGCUCCCUCUGUGGAUCUCAGCAGCCAUGGUGGGAGAAUCCCUUUAACAAGCAUGAGGAGAACUGUGUGCGUGCUCUUUGCUUGGACCCCUCCAAGGAAAUGCAUCCACCUGCUCGGCAGCACCUGGGUGCACAUCCUCCCCCAGGCAAGUCCAGGACACUUGCUCAUAACUAGCCCACCUGAUGAGCUUGCAGCUGGCCCUGCUGCCUCAGCUGCAGAAGGUUUCAUCUGUGCUUGUGAGCCCACACCAAAGAGGCUACAGAACAAGAUGGAAAGCCUGCAAAACCUGGUGGAGUCAUCACAGAUAAAAAAACAAGGUGUCAGUAUUUACCAAAAAUAUUCCUGCCACAUCUCCGUGAUCAGAACUCAGGAGGUGAAGACAAAGAAAUCCAAGGAAAAGGAGAGAAAGCUGUCCAAGUGA